AUUUUUAUGUAGAUAAACCGCAGAAAGCCUAAAAAAUACUCAUUUUCCGAAAUUGGUAUUUCAAACGUAGUAUCUCAUAUAGUGUCGAGUCUAUUUUGUCCUUUAGUCAGUGAUAAUUCCUAAACUCUAUAUAGUGCAACAUCGAUAGAAUAUGUAAACCUAACCUCAUCUCUGUUGAAGAAGAGGUUAGUUUGUUAUAUCAAACAUAAAAAUAUAUCAAUUCUAGAAAACAUGGUAAUAAAAUAUAUUGGACGGACACAUUACCUUAAAGGCAAACCAUUAUGGGAAAUAUUAGGGAAUUUGAAGAAUUAUGGUGUAGGUAGACUCGUGAUACGAGGUACUCAACAAAGGUAUCCUGAAAUAUCCUACAUGAAGAUACUGAAAGUUGCUGGAUUACCAGAUACUUCAAAACAUCCGCAUGAUCCACGAAAAGUGAUGGUAUUAGUAGAAAGAGUUUUUAGAGGUCAAAAGUCUCCUGUACUAGUACAAAUGGAUGGAACAACCUAUAAGCCAGAUUUUAUAUUGGUUCCAAAAGAUCAAGAAGCAAAGUAUGUAAAUGCUACUGAAGUACCACAACUAAGAAUUAUGCCACGAACAACAAAUUUUCCUCCUCUUUUGAAAGAGAUAUUAAUACAAGAGGCACAAGAACAAGGAAAAGAUAUGUCCGAUAUAAAAUUAAAACUUGUAUAUAGUCCUCUGGGUAUUAAAAAUUAUAGAAUUGCUGAAGAAGGUGAAGCUCCUACAACUGAAAUAAAAAUAGGAUUAGGACAGUCAGAAAGCCCUAGUUUGUAUGAGAAUAUUAAACAAGAGAAUGCAUCAUGAAUAUGAUUCAAUAUGCAUUGAUCUUAUAACUUAACAAUAAAGAUUAAGUAUUUUUCAAUUAGGACUUUUUAAUAUACUUUUACAUCUUUACAACAUACGUCUUUCAUGUGCCAUUAAUCGAUACUUUUCACAACGAAUCAAAUCUUCAUCAAUUAUUUCAUGCUUUGCAUUAUCUUGUACAUCACCUACAAAUAAAUAAAAUGAAUUAAUAUCACUAUAAAACGUCACCUACAAAUAAAUAAAAUGUUAUUAUUAUCAUAAAUUCCAAAUAGAACGUACUUAAAAGUCUUUGAGAUUGAACAAUACAAUUCUCUUUUUCGCCAAAGAAACUUUUAAUUGCAAUAUCCUAUGGAUUAUAUGCAGAAUAAUUAAUUGUAAUAUAACUUAUAAUUUUAGAAUAAAUAAUGGGAAAUAAUAUAAAGAUAUACA